UCUUCCUAAGGAUUCUUCCUAACUAAUUUUUUAUACAAUUCAAUUAAGGUUUUGUUAACUCAAUAAGUGUUGCAGGAUUUGCCAACAGACGUCGCCACCAUUGCUAUUUUCUGGGUAUCCCCUUUGGGAGAUCCAAGUUGUUGAGUAACCACAUGGUAUUGAAGUUUGAAAGGUUAGGUUGAUACAACAAAUUGUCAACAUGGAGGUUGCAAUGAGGAAAGAGUAUUCAAAAGCAAAGAAACUUGCACACCCUAAUAGCAGGAAGUCUAUUGCCAUUGCAAAAAGAGCUAAGAAAAUAUCGAACAGACAAAAAGCAAAGUUGAGCGGAUUGAUAAAGCAGAAUUUAAUAGGAGAGAAAAUGUUGUGGAUCAAAGAACACAUGGUUCCAAAUGUAUGUCCAUACACUCCAGAAUUAACUGCUCGUCUGUUAGAAACGUACAUAGCGAGGCACGACGAAGAAUUGGAACAGAUCAUGAUUAAACGUUCUAUCAGCAACAAAAGGAAUAAACAGCAUGCCAGCAGGGAAGAUGUGAUAAGAAUGACAAAAGAGCGUGAACAGGAAGAGUACAAUACCUGUGGAAUAGAAAUUCCUGAUAUUUUAAAUACAACUUUCUGUAAGAUGUUGAUAGAAUGGAAUGGUGAACUGAGGUAUAUGUCCAACUUUAAAUUCAGAAGGUUUGGUAAGAGACAUCUGAACGAAGCGUUGCAAAAAAUGAAUAAACCACCAAAGCAGCAUAUAAAGAAAGAUACACAGACUGAAGUGUCUGACAAAACAGAAAGUCCUGUGGAAGAAGAAGUAUUUAAAAGUACAGAGGAUUUAUCUGUAAACGAUUCUACAGAAGACAGUAAACCUACAGAAUCUGCUAUGGAAGUAGAAUAAACGAAUUGUUCCUUUUCUAA